UCUUUGCCGCUGUGAUUGGAUACAGUUGGGUAGCAGGGGCUUAUGCAGCCCCGGGCUCCGCCGCGGGGUGUCGCUGUUGUGUCGGGGGGCAGCCUGACGUUUCGACGUCCAGCACUCUUUGGUCUGAUGCUGGGAGUUUGUUUCCGGAUGUUCAGCUAGUGUCGGAGCAAGAAUGGCUGCGAUGUUUACGUGUUGUCUAGGCUGCUGCGGAGAUGGCGGAACGGGGCAUAUUCCACUCAAAGAAAUGCCGACCGUUCAGUUAGACACCCACCACAUGGGCACAGAUGUUGUCAUUGUAAAGAGCGGCCGGAGGAUAUGUGGCACUGGAGGCUGUCUGGCCAACGCUCCUCUGCACCAGAACAAAAGUUAUUUUGAGUUUAAGAUUCAGUCCACUGGUGUGUGGGGAAUUGGUGUGGCUACGCAGAAAGUGAAUCUUAAUCAAGUGCCUUUGGGCAGAGACACAAACAGCCUUGUCCUGAGGCAUGAUGGGUCUGUGUACCACAAUAAUGAAGAGAAGAAUCGGCUACCCGCAAACAGCCUUCCUCAGGAGGGGGACAUUGUGGGCAUCACAUAUGACCACGUGGAGCUGAAUUUAUAUCUGAAUGGAAAGAACAUGCAUUGUCCUGCCUCAGGGAUCCGAGGCACUGUAUACCCUGUUGUUUAUGUGGAUGACAGUGCCAUCUUAGACUGCCAGUUUAGUGACUUCUACCACACAGCUCCACAAGGAUUUGAGAAGAUCCUGUUCGAACAACAAAUCUUCUGAAGAAACACUUCAGCUUCAGAUGUCAUCCCCCUGUAUAUCUCAUAGCAACCUCCGUGACACUACAGUUAGACCUCGAAUCAGAUUUUAUCAUUAUAUGUGGCUUGAAUGCCUCUUGAUUUGUUUCCCGUGAUUACUCUGUGUCUGCUGCUGUGAUGGCUUUACUGAUGUCCGAGUAUCCUUGGAGAAGUGGGUAUUUCUUAUCAAUGGUCGGCUCUGAUGGGCUGUGAAGAGUCUGUGCUGAUGGAAAACUGUCAAACCAUUACCUUGUGUCAGUGGUAAUCACCCUGUAUUAACUGAAACACUUUGAAUUGCUUCCUACACAUUCUCAGUCCGUGUGUAGAUGCUGGACAGUGGAGGUAAUAGGAAAAUGUUCCCAUUGUUCAAAAGAUCACAAGCCAUGUUUUGUUGUCAUUCUUUAUCCGUACAUGUAAUCUGCUAAAUGCCACACUGACAUCCCAGCAUACGCCCUUUAUUUAUUUGUAUUUAUUUGAGUCACAGAUCAAAGUGACACUUGUCUUUUGGUUUGACAAAGCAUGAAUGUUUUGAUUUUUUCUUUCUUUUGGACAGAGAGUUUGUGGACUAAUGGAGGAUCAACUGUCAACACUGACUUGUCAGUCAUAAACAUCCAAUGCACUAUUAAAUUGCCUUCUUCUAUUAGAAAUACAAUUCAAAGCUGACAUAUUUCAACGCGUUUGAAUUCAUGGUUUCAAAUCCUGACUCCAGUAAUGCAGUACACAUUCCAGGAAGCAGCCAGUGUGUGAGGUUGACUUUUCAGUGAGACAUGCAGAGAGGUGCUGAAAAGAAAACAUAUUCCCAAAGUGAAAUAUAUCUUUAAAUGACUGCCUCCAAUAUUUAUCAGGAUUGAUUCCUAAAUCAUUGUAAUGAACAGCCCUUUAGUUUCCCCCCAACAGGUUUAUCCCACCUCAACCUUUAUGGUGUAUUUUUUUUCGAAACAUGAGAAUAUUACCUGAGCUGGUGCUGCUCAUCUCUGAUUAGAGAUUUAGGGUUAAAAAUGUCAAUCUGUUGUGUUGUACUGGCAUUGCAUAUCCGCUGCUGAAGUGUGACAGUCAGAUAUUUCAAAGUGCUUGUCUUUGUUUGCACUAAUGAUGUUAUUGUACAAGCAAAAAUCAAAAAUAUUGUUGAUUCAUUAAAACUUUUGUGUCUGGAGGCAAACUUC